AUGAGGAUGACUUCAUGGAAUGUCAGGGGCCUCUCGACUCCUGACAAAAAAUGCCUGGUCAAGAGAAAUAUGGCCAGGUUAGACUCAGAUAUUUAUAUAUUGCAAGAGACUAAAUUGAAUAAGGAUAAGGCAUGUGAAUUCAUCAAAUACUGCUAUAAGUGGGAAGGUAUAUUCCAGGAUGUCAGGGGUUCGGUCGAAGGCUCGGGAAUCAUGUGGAAUGCCGCCAAAGUGGAGGAAAAGAUAAGAGUCUGGAAUGAGGUUUAUAAUCAAACAAGCCAAUUGGAUGGUGGUAAGUUCAUUGUUGUUGGGGACUUCAAUGCCAUCUUAGAAAUUGAUGAGAAGAUGGGUGGCCUCCGAAAGCCCACCAAAGUGAUGGAAAAUUUUUGGGAUUUUAUAGCGAACUACAAAUUGGUGGAUAUCUAUCCAAAGAAUGGUAGAUAUACUUGGACUAACAGAAAACUGAAUUUUGCAAAUAUAUCAAAAAGGUUGGAUCAUUUCUUGGUUGGGGAGUGGUGGAUUAAUGGAGAUUAUUCUUUAGAAAAUGAGAUAGUGCCUCAAGUUGGAUCAGACCAUCUACCUUUGUCUUUAUCCAUUGCACAAGAGAUGCAAAAUCAGAAGAAUUACUUUAAGCUCCAAAGCAUGUGGUGGAGGGAUGAAACAUUCUUUGACAACCUGAAGAUUUGGUGGCUGGAAGGCAACAUAUACUCUGGCUCCCCUAGUUUUAAAUUCAUCAAGAGAAUGCAGUACUUAAAAAGCUGGAUAAAGGACUGGAAUAAGAACACAUUCAAAAACAUCUUUGGUGAGAAAGGUAGAAUUGAGGAAAAAUUGGAAGAAAUUGGCAAUAAGGUAAUGCAGUUUGGCAUGACAAAUAAAGAGUAUGAAUUGGAAAAGGCCCUGAAAAUGCAAUACUUGGAAAUUCUAAAGAGGGAAGAACUUUAUUGGAAGGACAAAUCUAGGGAGCUCUAG